UUGUCACUUUACUUUUCGUGGCAUCACAUGGGUCAAUCCCGAAUCCCCACCAUCUCUUUUCUCUAAUCUCACUUCGCACACGGCAAAAAGAAACAGCUCUGCGUAUUAGUUUUAGCAUGUAAAAUUUCAAGCUGUACCCAAUUCGAUUCACAUUACAACGGCUUGAUUUCAUCAUUAUCUUCAAUUUUUCUAUACUUCUUAAGUUCGUACUCGAGUUCCGAGUAAUUCUAUCAAAAAAAUCGUGUUUGGGUAAAGCUUAAUUCGUCAAGAACACUCAUUUUCUUCCACUUUUCUAUCUGGGUUUCGCCCCAAUUGAAGCUCGGUUACAGUCAUGAGUAUGUACGGCAGAGAUCCGUGGGGUGGGCCGUUGGAGAUAAACACGGCUGACUCCGCGACAGACGAUGACCGGAGCAGGAACUUGAACGACUUCGACAGGGCGGCGCUUUCUCGUCCAUUAGACGAAACACAGCAAAGCUGGCUGUUAGGUCCCGGAGAACAGAAGAAGAAGAGGUACGUAGAUCUGGGGUGUAUCAUCAUCAGCCGUAAGAUUUUUAUUUGGACGGUUGGAACGAUUCUAGCAGCUGGUUUCAUCGCCGGAAUAAUUACAGUCAUAGUCAAGAACGUGCCUAGGCACCACAAGCAUCCUCCAGCACCAGAUAAUUACACGAUUGCACUCCACAAAGCUCUCAUGUUCUUCAAUGCCCAAAAAUCUGGAAAGCUUCCGAGGCAUAAUAAUGUUUCAUGGAGGGGUAAUUCGUGUUUAAACGAUGGAAAGUCGGACAAAUCAGGAGCUGUAAUGAAAGAUUUAGUGGGUGGAUAUUAUGAUGCUGGGGAUGCGAUAAAGUUUCAUUUCCCUCAAGCUUGGGCCAUGACUUUGUUGAGUUGGAGUGUGAUUGAAUACAGUGGUAAAUACGAAGCUGUAGGAGAGCUUGCUCAUGUUAGAGAUAUUAUCAAAUGGGGCACUGAUUACUUUCUUAAAACCUUCAAUUCUUCUGCUGAUAGCAUAAGCCAACUCGUGGCUCAGGUUGGAAAUGGUGAUACAUCGGGUGGGACAAGUGAUGCAAACGAUCAAACUUGUUGGAUGCGACCCGAGGACAUUGACUACCCACGACCCGUGACCACAUGUUCUUCAUGCUCUGACCUGGCAGCUGAGAUGGCAGCAGCAUUAGCUUCAGCUUCCAUUGUUUUCAACGACAACAAGAUCUACUCAAAGAAACUUGUCCAUGGUGCUGAAACGCUUUGGAAAUUUGCUAGAGAUCAACGAGGUUUGUAUAGUGGUGGUGGAUCAGAUGCUGCAAGUUAUUAUAAUUCGAGUAUGUAUUGGGAUGAGUUUGUGUGGGGUGGAGCUUGGAUGUAUUAUGCAACGGGGAAUCAGUCGUAUUUGUAUCUUGCUAGUCACCCGACUUUAGCUAAGCAUGCGGGUGCCUUUAUGGGAGGACCGAAUUAUGGUGUUUUUAGUUGGGAUAACAAGCUUCCUGGAGCUCAAGUACUACUGACUCGAUUAAGAUUAUUUUUAAGUCCUGGGUACCCAUAUGAACAAACACUGAAGACGUUUCAUAACCAAACAAGCAUAAUCAUGUGUUCAUACUUGCCAUACUUCACUAGUUUUAACCGAACAAGAGGAGGGAUGAUACAAUUGAAUCAUGGAAAAACACAGCCUCUUCAGUAUGUUGCUAAUGCAGCCUUUUUAGCAACCCUUUUUAGUGACUAUCUUGAUGCUGCAGACACUCCUGGUUGGUAUUGUGGACCGAAUUUCUACUCAACUGAUGUGCUAAGGAAAUUUGCUGAGACUCAGAUCGACUAUAUCCUUGGAAAGAACCCGAGAAAAAUGAGUUAUGUUGUGGGAUUUGGCAAUCACUACCCAAAACACGUACACCACAGAGGCGCAUCAAUUCCCAAAAACAAGAUCAAGUACAGCUGUAAAGGCGGAUAUAAAUGGAGAAACUCAAAAAAACCAAAUCCCAAUAUCAUAUUUGGAGCCAUGGUUGCAGGGCCAGAUAGACAUGAUGGAUUCCAUGAUGUGCGAAUGAAUUACAAUUACACAGAGCCAACACUCGCUGGAAAUGCUGGUUUGGUGGCGGCACUGGUGGCUCUCUCUGGCGGUAGAACAGUUAAAGUUGAUAAAAACACUAUUUUCUCGGCGGUGCCGCCUAUGUUUCCCACUCCACCACCACCACCAGCUCCAUGGAAGCCAUGAACAUAAAUGGUUGUUUUUUUGGAUUGUAAUCGUCAGAAUGGCUAAUUACUAAUUAAUGGACUUUCUUUUUUUAGAAAGAGUAUUUUGAUUGUAUGUAGUUUGAACUUUGAAUUGUUUCUAGUGUAUGUAAAUUAAAGUAAGUAAUCUUUUGUAGUAUGUGAAACAAUGAUAACUCGGUGACACUAACAAUUGGUUUGUUAAUG